UCGGCGUGGCGUCUUUUCGGCUUCUAUUAAACCUCCUCGUUCCCUUUGUCACACCACGGAGACUUCUCCCAUAUAAUUUGUUUACAAGGAAGGAAAAUAAUGACAGUUCGUGUGGAUUUUGAUUUGGAGAUGAGAGAAGCUAAAGCCACUAGCUAAUUAGGAUUAGCAGCAAUGGUUCGAGACUGGUCGUCUCCUUGGCCGUCAUUUAUGUCGCCGGGCGCUCGCCUUUAAUAUGACCUGCAUGCGUAAUCCCAAUUAAUUCCCUCUCAGUAGAGCAAGGAAUCGAGGAUGGGGGGUUACAUGGUGCGUUAGUCAGAAGAAUGGCUCAGAGAGUUUGAGAGUAAAGAAUGGCUAUAUAGGGAGAUAGAAGAAUCAAAUCGUUUGCCUUAGUCCUCACGCAUCAACGACUCCACGUCUCUCACACUUCACAGUCGCUGUUGCUCUGUUCCAUGUAAACCUUCUCCGUUAAACCUUCCUUAAACCCACGCCAUCUCCCUAUAAAUUAGAGCUCGGCCCGACUCCCUUGCCCUGUCAUAGUCGACGAGUUCCUUUCGGAUUCGCAUAAGAAGAAAUCGCUUAGGAGCCGAAGCGAAGGCCAAACGGGGAAAUGCAAAGAGGAGAAGAGCAGAACAGAGCACGCGUUGCCUCCGACGACGAUCCACAUGAAGCAACAUGGGUGCCGGGGCCCAUUAUUAUCGGCGCGGGACCCUCCGGUCUCGCCGUCGCCGCCUGCCUCGCCGAUGUUGGCAUCCCCUGCACCGUGCUCGAGAAGGCCAGUUGCGUGGCCUCGCUGUGGCAACAUCGCACCUAUGACCGACUGCGUCUCCACCUCCCCAAGGAGUUCUGCGAGCUUCCGAUGCUGGGUUUCCCGGAGGGCUUCCCCAAGUACCCCUCCAAGAAGCAGUUCCUCUGUUACCUGGAGUCAUACGCCGACGCAUUUGGCAUCCGGCCGCGGUUCUGCACCGAGGUGGUCGCCGCGGAGUUCGACCCAGCCGUCGGGGCGUGGAGGGUUCGGGUGCGAGGCGGCGGGGAGUUGGCGAGCAGGUGGCUGGUGGUGGCGACGGGCGAGAACGCGGAGCCCGUGGUGCCGGAGUUCCCGGGCAUGGAGCGAUUUCAAGGCCGCGUCGUCCACACCUGCGCUUACAAGUCCGGCGCCUACUUCGUGGGGGAGAAGGUCCUGGUCGUGGGCUGCGGGAAUUCCGGCAUGGAGGUGAGCUUGGACCUCUGCCGCCACAGCGCCAAACCUUACAUGGUCGUCAGGAACACCGUUCAUGUGCUGCCGCGGGAGAUGAUGGGGAUGUCGACGUUCGGAGUGACAAUGGCGCUCCUGCGGUGGCUGCCCCUGCGGCUGGUGGACCAGUUUUUGUGCACGGUGGCCCAUCUCAUGCUCGGCGACACUGACAGGCUCGGCCUCCGAAGGCCUAAGACAGGCCCCAUCGCCCUCAAAAACCUCACUGGCAAGACCCCGGUCCUCGACGUGGGCGCCCUUGCCCAAAUCAAAAGCGGUAGCAUUAAGGUGACGCGAGGUGUGAAGGAGAUCACUCGGAGGGGAGCCAAGUUCGUGGAUGGAACAGAGGAACAGUUCGACUCGGUUGUCCUGGCCACGGGUUACAGGAGCAACGUGCCUUCGUGGCUCAAGGGUGGUCAGAGUCUGUUCGCCGAGGAGGGCAUGGCCAAGGAUCCUUUCCCUGGCGGAUGGAAAGGCCAGGAUGGACUCUACUGCGUCGGCUUCACCAAGCGUGGCCUUCUCGGUGCCGCCCAUGACGCUCGCAAUAUCGCCAGGGACAUCCUUCUCCGCUGGAAUAAGCAUAAGGACUCGUGAUCGGAAGCAAGCAAUUAAACGCAAGGGCAAUCGAUCGACUGCAUGCUAUUCCUCUCUUCUUGUACAUCGCCCAUUUUGCCUCGGGUUUAAUUUUCUUCCUCCCGCCUCAGACUGUGGUGGACCAUAUGUAAAAUUUCACAUUUGGGUAUAGAAUGGAGAAAGUCUGCUCUUUACUGUUAA